AAAAGGAAAUUACAAAUGGGACGGCGGGAAAUGAAUCUAUACAUGACUUGAUUCCUUAAACUUCUUCCCAUCUUUGAUUAUCUUAUCUAUUUCCUUGCUUAUCUUACAUGAUUAUAAAUUGCUCAUUUCAACCCCUUGCUCUAAUAACAUACUGUUUCUCUCAAACACGUCUAGAACUGAACAAUAUCUUGUCUAAUUAAGAAGAAGAAAAAUUGAUUCAGAGAUGGCGGAUUGGGGACCGGUUUUCGUAUCGUUCUUUCUGUUUAUCUUGUUGUCCCCAGGGGUACUGUUUCAGUUACCUGGUCGAGGCCGAUUCAUCGAGUUUGGGAGCUUUCAUACGAGUGGUGCAUCAGUUGUGAUUCAUUCCCUCAUCUAUUUUGCUCUUAUUUGCAUUUUCUUGUUAGCUGUUAAGGUUCACAUGUACCUUGGCACUUAACCCAAACAACAUUUACGGCACCACCGAGAGCAACAACACUUAUGGAGGAAUUGGAGGUUGCUUCGAGUUUGCUGUUUAUCUUUGAAUUUUCACAAUUUAGGGUCGUUUGUAAGUUCUUUUGGUUCUUUUUAUCACUGCACUUGUCUGAUUUUACUUCCUUUGUUGCUUGGCUUAGUCUUAUUAAUAAAAGAAUGUAGUUGAUUUUCAUGGA